UGAAGCCGAGGCCCGUUCUACCGGACUAGCGGAGCGAAGCCAGCCGGUGGGGCUUCUGGAAAUCUGGUUCGGCGCCGAUCUUGCUCGUCUCCGCCGUGGAACCCCCAAAUCCCGAGCAACCUCUUCCGGAUUCGCCAGGAGCUCGCGACGAUUCUGAUGAGGUAGAAGCCUGCGCCACCUGGGCCUCGCGAUGCUGCGGAAGGUGGUCGUCGCCUUCCUCGCCUGCGCCGCAAUUUAUUUCUCCUUCUCCGCCUACUUCCGUCGUCAGAGCAUUGCAGAGGUUCAGUUACCAGCAGUUACUCAUAGGGUCUACCUAGAUGUAGAAAUUGAUGGCCAACACAUAGGCAGAAUUGUUAUUGGUCUUUACGGGGAGGUUGUUCCGAAAACAGUUGAAAACUUUAGGGCCCUUUGCACAGGUGAAAAAGGUGUUGGGUCCAAUGGCAAACCUCUUCAUUAUAAAGGAACCCCAUUCCAUCGCAUCAUCCCUGGUUUCAUGAUUCAAGGUGGUGACAUAGUUAGAGGUGAUGGGAAAGGAAGUGAGUCGAUAUAUGGAGGCAUCUUCCCAGAUGAGAAUUUCACUGUAAAACAUACUCAUCCAGGCGUUGUUGCUAUGGCGAAUUCUGGACUUGACUCCAAUGGAUCCCAGUUUUACAUUACUACAAUCAAGACAAGCUGGUUGGAUGGGGAGCAUGUUGUCUUCGGCAGGGUGAUCCAGGGAAUGGAUACCGUGUACGCCAUUGAAGGGGGUGCUGGCACUUACAACGGCAAGCCGAGGAAGAAGGUUGUAAUCACUGACUCUGGUGAGAUACCCAAGGAGAAAUGGGGUGAUCAGGAAGCGUAGAUUCCCUGCUUGCCCUGUUCCAUGUACUGCGCAACGGCAAGCUUCUUUUUGACCUGCUUUGUGCUACAGUCCACUCGUGGCGUCAAAAAUGGUGUAUAUUGUAGGCAGUUUAUAGCCACUCCCAUUGACGCUGAUCGGUUAGUUUGUGAUGCUGCAGGGUGAGAACACACACGUCUUUCAAAAAAGGUUUUAGCCUGCUCUAACUGCUACCUUGAUGGGGUUUUCUGCUGUUACACAGGAAUUACGUUUCUGGUGACUUGAGUUUUUUUUUUGAGUGAAUUCCUUCAUUGCCGCUGAAAUUUAUAUGGAUCCCUUAAUGACAUUGAAAUUUUCUA